CAAGUGCAGCGUUUAUUUACAUCAGUGUGCGUCGUAUGUGAUACAGCUGAUCGUGUUGGAUGAGGCACAGAAGGAAGGCUGCAACGCAAUCGAACAGACGGAGACAGCAAACGUUGCCCGCCACAGCAAUACGAUUCUGUAACAGGUCUGACUGCUAGAGCGUGAAGAGAAGAUGCUGAAGGCAGCCGUGAGGUUCUCCCGCCAAUACGUGGGCCCGGUGAAGGCGUGCAUCCUGGACUGGAGUGGCACCACCAUCGACAAGUAUGUGCUGGCGCCGGCCGUGGUCUUCGUGGAGGUCUUCGAGAAGCACAAGGUGCCCAUCUCCAUGGUGGAGUCCAGGGGGCCCAUGGGGCUCCGGAAAGAUCUACAUAUCAAGGCCAUCACAGAAAUCCCAGAGGUCCGCGAGCGCUGGAAGAGUGUCCACGGAAAGUACCCAGACCAGACGGACGUGGACGCCAUGUUCCGAGACUUUGUGCCCAUGCAGCUGGCGGUGCUGGGCAAGUACUCGGAGCUCAUCCCCGGGACGCCAAAGACCAUCGACAUACUGCGCCAGGAGCUGGGCUGCAAGAUCGGAGUCACCACCGGCUUCACGCGCUGCAUGGUGGACAUCCUACUUGCAGAGGCCAAGAAGCAGGGGUAUGUGCCCGAUGUGAAUGUAGCCGGUGAUGAGGUGGUGAAUGGGGCUCGACCCAAACCUUUCAUGGUUUACCGCAACCUGGACCUCCUGGACGUACCCGACAUCCACUCUGUGGUCAAGGUGGACGACACGGUUGCUGGCGUGGGCGAGGCUUUGUCGGCAGGCUGCUGGGGUGUUGGCGUGGCCCGGCACUCUAACUACAUGGACAUCAACAGCCUGGAGGAAGAGGACCAGAUCCCAGAGGAGGAGAUACAGAAACGGUUGCAGAAGUCACGGAACUUGCUGGUGCAGACUGGCGCGCAUUAUGUCAUCGACACCAUCACAGAGCUUCCGGAAGUGGUGGCCGACAUCAACGCAAGGCUCGCGCGGGGGGAGAGGCCAUAGUCAGGAAGCUUUUCAAGCCUUUUAUGUCCUCGUUUGGUCUCGUUUUUGAAAUCUUUUUGAUGCUCAUCAUGUUUUUUGAUUCUGAGACAGAAUAGAAGAGUUCUCAUCAUGGUCUUCGAAUUUUUUCCCUCUCUGGUGGUUUUUACCAUUGCAAUGUUUUUGUACAAGCUAUCAGCCUCUGUGGUGUAUUAUCUGUAGUUCAUAGGUAUGUAUUUGUAACUGUUGUUACUGUAUUAUUCUACAGUGCAAACAUGGGCUAUUAUGGAUAUUCAUGUCAAGACUGUUUUGUUAGAUUAUAUGUAAUGUGUUUUUUAAUAUAUUUGCAACCUGGUGGUGUUGUGAAUAUAAAAUUUGAUGGCAUGCCUACCUGUAUUUUAAGUUACUGCAAUAUGUGUAUACAUGUCAAUAUCACCAUUUGUUAAGGAUUUAAUUAGCAGUAUUUUCCUCUGUAGAGCUCAGGAAAGCCAGACAACGCAGAAUGUGAAUAAAGAAAAAUAUCUACAAAUUGCUAGGGUACGACUGAAAUAAUCAAAGCAUCAACUUUUCGAUUAGUAUGGAAGGUACUGCAUGUAUGAUAUUAAUCAUCAUCAUCAUCAAUGCCUUUCACCCCUGGCAGGGUAAAGGCCACAUACAAGCUCCUUCCAUUUAUCUCUGUCGUGAGCCAUCCUUCCAAGCUCGUUCCAAGUGAGCUUCAUCUUUCUCAUGUCCCUUUCCCCGCAUCUCCAUGUUUCCCGUGAUAUUAAUACCAAAAGAAAUAACUGUUUUGUGUCUUGCAUUAAUCAUUAUUAUAAUAUCAGCUUGCUUUGUCUGAGUGACAAGUGUUUUUCUAUUAGAUUCAGAAACCUUACUUGGACUUUGUUAUGGAUCUGGUUUAUUCGCUUUCUUGUUAACGACUUUGACUAAGGAUUUGUGGUCUAUUUUGAUUUUCUUUGUCCUGACUAGAAGUGAUAGUAAUGGCUUUUAUCUAGCUUUGGGUUUUGGGGAAAACAGUUCACAUUUUUUUGAUAAUGAGUUUAUUUAGACCUGAGCAGGAUGAUUGAGGGACUUUUCCAAGUUUGACUUUUUUGGAGAAAAAUGUGCGCAACCCCCCCCCUCCCUCCUGCGGAUGAAUGAUGUAUUUAACCUGCUUGUAAUAAUGUUGAACAAAAGACUACAUGAUUACGAUGAAAACAAUGGAUAGGGAAGAAUACAGGGGUGUUUUUCCCCAACACUUUUAUGCUUAUUUUUGAGUAUGUGACUGUGCUUUUGUUGCAGUAGAAAGAUUACUUGUCAUAAUGACAUAAUGUUCAAAAAGCUCUACUGGAUAGAAGUACUUGUUGUUGUUGGGGGGUUUUUCCUUUUUGGUUGGGUAUGUUUUGUUGUUAUAGUUUUGUUUGUUUUUUGUUUACACCUUGAUCACUGUAUGGCUAUGAUGUGAACAAUUACGCCAUAUUUUAUUACUUUUGGUAGCCAAGGCUUCCCGAGAGAGACCCUUUGGCUAUUGUUGCAUCUGCUACUGUUUGUAAAAAAUUGUUUGUCAGCUUUUCCCAUAAACCAUUCUGUCCACACCAACUAUAGAACAAAUGGUCUUUAUUCACAGCUUCACCGUGUGGCUUUUAGAUGGUCUGUGAUAAUGUUACUGUCUUGCAUAACGAAUGCAAAUGGAGAUACAGAACAUUUUGUGUUUUAUAGUAUACAUGCCAUUGAAGUGAUAGAUAGAAUAAAUUAAGUGAUUGUGGGAGGUUUAUAUCUCCUAGCUUCAUUCCAUGAGAAUUGAUACAUUUUUCCUGAUAUUUCUCUGAGAAGUUUCCUCGUUGCUUGAUUCAGUGCUCUGUGUCUUCUUUGUUAAGUUACCUUUGUCAUGGGGACGAGUUCCGUGCUGUCUGUUUGUUUGUUUGUUUGUUUUUCUAUGUAGAAUUACAAACUUUUUUUUUUCACAUAACUUUACUUUUUGUCUUCAAAGUAACCUUUUCGUUUGCUUUGGGGCAGCUUUUAGUUUGAAUGCGAGUCUUUAUGUAUAAUUAUAUUUUCCAAGGUAUCAAUGCUACCGCAUUGUUGUGACCAUGUUCCUCAAUGAAGUGAGAGUUGUCCAAAUAUGUACCUUGUCAUGUUCUGCAACUACAUGAAUAACAUACACGAUGUAUUGUCAAUUGACUGUUUGACCCAGUGUUGACUGUCCCCUUGCUUUUAUGAACUUUUGAUUUCUCAAAAGUGAUUCAAUAAAAACAUGGAUGGAUACAAGA